AUGGCUCCAGGCUCCAUGCGUCAAUAUCAAACGAGUCCGGAGUUCAAGGGAUCCGUGGCAUGGGUCCCUCAGGACUCGUCUGUCUUCAACAUGUCUGUCAGGGAGAACAUUCUAUUUGGAAUGUCACUGGACGUUGUGCGUUACAAGCGCGUGUUGGAUGCUUGCGAUCUUUUGGACGAUGUGGGUCGCUUUCCAGCGGGAGACCUCACUGAAAUCGGAGAAAAGGGUGCUACGCUCAGCGGCGGGCAGAGGCGGAGGAUAGCACUUGCUCGAGCAGCGUACAGCGACAGAAGCGUGUACCUUCUGGACGAACCACUCAACGGGCUGGAUGUCAAAGUUGCUACCAGAGUUUUCAAGAGACUCAUUGGAAAUCAUGGAAUUCUUCGGAACAAGGUGAACAGCAACAUCCACGGAAGCUUAGAGUUGUUUUUCGCCAUGGUGAGGAUAUGUGGUCAGUGGGUCACGUUGAGCGCGCUGGGUUUUACCCUACGUGCCACGGCAGUCGGGACCUAUUUGGUCUGGAUCAAGCGUUGGACUAUUGAAAGCACCCGCAACGAGACUAAACCGGAGUGGGUCAUUGGCUUGGCACUGCUUUGUCUCUCAGAUGUGGUCUUUGGGUGCCUAGGUGCUUUAUUGUUGGCUGUUGGCUGUCGAAACCUUUCCAACCGUUUGCACGAGGCUAUGAUAUGGAGCGUCCUGCGGAGCCCCGUGCACUUCUUCGACGCCACACCGAGAGGCCGUGUGUUGAACCGCUUCUCGGCCGACACAGAUAACAUUGAGAACCGCUUCUUCCUCGCCGCCAAGCAGGUCCUGGAGACGUUUGCUGUAGGCGUCGCCAGGAUUGUCGUGACAGCUCUCCAGACACCAGCUGCUGGUCUUCACGUGGCCGAGACUCGGGACUCACUGAGCGUGGUGCGUUCAUACGGUGUAGAGGACCGCUUCUGCGGGCACUGCUAUCGUCUCGUGGACGUCGCCAUGAGGGCUCUGUUGGCACUCUUCGACUGCUUCCGCAGCGUUCGCUUCCUCGGAGGCCUUUGUGGCUUCCUGGUCAUUCUGGCCUCCGUGGUCUUCGGAGUACUGGUAUCAGGAGCGAACCGAGACGUGGCCACCGAUGGAAGCACAGUGGGACUCACUCUUAGUUCAUCCAUGGGGAUCCCUCUUCUUAUCAUCGGUGCCACUACAAGUGUGUUUGUGUUCACGCAAACGUUCGUGUCAUUCGAGCGGUGUCUGGAAUACACGCUACUGAGUCCGGAGGAGGAUGGAGGUCAUCACAGUAUCUCCGAUGGAACAAGGAGAGUACACGGAUCUCGGUGCGACCUGCUUACUUCUUGCAAAAUGAUUCUGGCAGACGAUUCUUGGCCAACUGACGGGAGAGUGGAGUUUGACCACUACACAGCAUCGUACAAGCCAGGCAUUCUGCCUGAUGCACUGGCCGACAUUUGCUUCGUUGCUGAACCCCGUGAAAAGGUUGCAAUUGUAGGCCGCACCGGUGCCGGAAAGUCAUCGCUAUUCAUGGCUGUCCUUCGGGUCCUGAAGCCAACGCAGGGAAGCGUGCGCAUUGACGGCGUCAACAUCGCGUCGGUUCCUCUGCAGAAGCUGCGCUCUGUCGUCACCGUGAUCCCGCAGGACCCAUGUUUGAUGCAGGGUACACUACGGGAUGUUUUGGACCCCACUCGCAGCCAUUCCUACCAGGAAAUAUGGCUGGCGUUGCACCAAGUACAUUUGGCCAAGUUUGUUUCGUGUCACUCGGACAAUUUAAUGAUGUACGUAGGCGAUGGCGGACAAAACCUCAGUGCUGGCCAGAGGCAGUUGGUGUGCCUCGCAAGAGCUCUUCUUCGGCGUCCCCGUGUGCUACUAAUGGACGAGGCCACGUCACACAUGGAUGGCGACACGGACAGGCUCGUUCAGCGCACGCUGCAACGUCACUUUACGCGCUGCACAUUACUGACUAUCGCCCACAAGCUGGAGACGGUGCUCAACUACGACAAGAUCCUGGUGAUGGAAGAUGGACGGGUGGUCGAGUUUGGACCGACACAAUUGCUAGCUUCGAGUCAGCAAUCAGCCUUCCACGGAAUGCUGCGGCAGGCCGGACUGGCUCGAAGUUUUAGUGAACCUUCUGUGUGAGAUUUGUGGGCCGCAUCGAUCUGGCCGUUUAUUCAGU